GUAUCCGAAUACCGCUGUGUGUGUGCGCGCGCGCUUAUAAUUAUACAUACACACAUUUUUAUUCGCUUUAUUUAACCAUGGCGUCCAAGUGUCCUAGGUGUGAGAAGACGGUGUAUUUCGCAGAGAAAGUGAGCUCUCUGGGAAAAGACUGGCACAAAUUUUGUCUUAAGUGUGAACGCUGCAAUAAAACCUUGAAUCCUGGAGGACACGCUGAGCAUGACGGGAAACCCUACUGCCAUAAACCCUGCUAUGCGACACUGUACGGACCCAAAGGUGUGAAUAUCGGUGGUGCUGGAUCCUACAUGUAUGAAACCCUGGUGUCUGAGGUGCAGACCACCACCACCACCACCACACCACCCAGAGCUGAGGAGAGGAAACCUACAGCACCACCUAGAGGACCAGUGAAGGCUGCAAGUUUCUCGUCGUUCACUGGAGAACCGAACCGCUGUCCUCGCUGCAGCAAGACUGUCUACUUCGCGGAGAAGGUGAUGUCCCUGGGUAAAGACUGGCACAGGCCGUGUCUGCGCUGUGAGAGGUGCAGUAAGACACUCGCUCCGGGAGGUCACGCUGAGCAUGACGGCCAGCCUUACUGCCAUAAACCCUGCUAUGCUGUACUGUUUGGACCUAAAGGUGUGAACACUGGAGGGAUGGGCAGCUACAUCUAUAAAGAGCCAAACACCGAGAAUCAGUCAUGAGUCUACCACACACACACACACACACACACACACACACACACACUGCACAAUUUACAUGUUUAUGUAUUCUGAUGUAGUGUUCAGGUGAAUUAAACUCUCAUGUCCCUGUUA